AAAACACUUUCCCUGAUCCUUUACGCGACUUAGACCAGAGCUAUUGCCAUGGAAGAUAUACAGGAAAAGAAAAUCAGUGCAUUAGUGCUUGAUGCUGGUCCUUUGAUCACGCAGUCCGCCUCGUCCUUGCAACAGCACGCCGACUCUUUCUAUACCACCCCAGGUGUGUUCUCCGAGUUGAAGGAUGUACACGCCAGACAGCAGUUGGUGUUGUGGGGCGAUCUCUUGAAGAUCAGGCACCCAAAACCGGAGUUUAUCAAACGCGUCACUGAGUUUUCCAAGAUGACCGGUGACUAUACCGUCUUGUCCCCAAACGAUUUACACAUCAUUGCCUUGACCUACGAGGUGGAGUGCGAGUUGAACAAUGGUGACUGGCGCUUGAGAAAGUACCCAGGGGAGAAGAAGGAAUUCCAAAAGAAGGAGGAAGUCCCUGAAACUAUUGAAGAGGUUGAAACUGCUUCCGUCGACGACGAAUGGACCACUAUUCCGGGUAAGAAGAAUAUGACCCCGGUCAAACAGGCUCUAGCUCCGGUGAUACCAGUUGAGACUCCAAUAAAAACCCCAGAAACCACUUCUGAAGAUGCCCCAAAGAAAAAGGCCCGUCGUAGAGGUGGUAAGAAGCAAAGAGCGAAGAGAGAGGCUGAGUUGGAAGAGGAAUUUAACAGUUUAGCUUUGGAGGAAGAGACCGCCGGGAAACAACCAGACAUCAUGGUUGAGGAAUCCCAAGACUUUGAUGACAAUGUGUUGGCUGAGGAAUUUGAUGAUGAAGACGACGAUGGUGACUGGAUUACUCCAGAAAACUUGGCCGAGGCUAUCAUCAAGGAUGCCGGUGAGCAGAUUGUUAAACAGGCUGUCAACACUAAGGUCAAAGCAGCCCUCGCCACCGGUGAUUUCGCCGUGCAAAAUGUCUCUCUCCAGAUUGGGUUGAAUUUGAUGAACGCCAUGUCGGGUAUGCAAAUCAAGCGUGUCCGCAACUAUAUGUUCCGCUGUCACGCUUGUUUCCGUUUGACCCCGAUGCCUAAGGACGGGACCCCUAAGCACUUUUGUUCCCAUUGUGGUGGUGCUACCUUGUUGAGAUGCGCCGUCUCGGUCAACUCCAGAACCGGUGAGAUCACCCCGCAUUUGAAGGCCAACUUCGAGUGGCACGUCAGAGGUAACAAGUACUCUCUUGCCUCGCCGUUGUCCAAGGCCGCUACCAGGAGAGGGGGUAACGGUGGUUACCAGCACCAGAAGGAGAAGCGCCAGACCCCCGUUUUUUUGAGAGAGGAUCAGUUGGAGUACCAAAAAGCCUUGAAGGAUGAUGCCUGGCAGCGCAGGAAGAACGAGAAGAUCUUGCAAGAGUGGAUCGGUGGUGGCUCGGCUGACAACUUUAUUUCUCCAUUCACCAACAACCAGGCUGUUAGACCAUCUGGGGUCAGAGUCGGUGUCAGUAGAUUCAUCAACGCUUCGAAGAAGACUGGGAAGUAGAGAAGUUUGUCUCUGUGUACAUUAGGGUUUUAUCAGCUAGUAAUUAACGUUAUAAACA